CAAUCAAGUCAGCAAUACCCCAUCCCAACAUGAGGGGAAUUAUCCACGAGUGUGGUGGGAAAAUGCAUAUGGCAGAGGGUCAAUGGGCUGAGGCAGCCACAAAUUUCUUUGAAGCUUUUAAGAACUAUGAAGAAGCUAGGAACCAGAGGCAUAUCCAGUGCCUAAAAUAUCUUGUUCUGGUCGAUAUGCUGAUGGAAUCUGAAGUUACCCCUUUUGACAAUCAACAGGCAAAGCCAUAUAAAAAUGACCGAGAGGUUUUGGCAAUGACAAACCUGAUAGCUGCAUAUCAACAGAAUGAAGCAUUGGAAUUUGAGAGAAUCCUCAAGACAAAUAGAAGUACGAUAAUGGAUGAUCCAUUUAUUCGAAACUACAUUGAAGAUCUCUUGAAAAAUGUGAGGUCGGAGGUGUUGCUUAAGCUGAAAAUGGUUAGUAACAUUACUCCAUUGGCUACCAUGGUGGGACCCUCAUUGCAAGAAAGCUUACUUGAAGAGUUUUACACUCAUCAUAUAGACAGC